AUGUAUGAGGAUCAUCUGCUCGGUGAGGGCGAGCGCGAGCAGCAGCAGGCAGUUGUCCGGCCGAGGUUGAGCAGCAGCGGCGGAAGUGAAUGUAGUGCGGUUGCACCUGAGCGAGUGUAUGAGGAUCAUCUGCUCGGUGAGGGCGAGCGCGAGCAGCAGCAGGCAGUUGUCCAGCCGAGGUUGAGCAGCAGCGGCGGAAGUGAGUGUAGUGCGGUUGCACCUGAGCGAAUGUAUGAGGAUCAUCUGCUCGGUGAGGGCGAGCGCGAGCAGCAGCAGGCAGUUGUCCAGCCGAGGUUGAGCAGCAGCGGCGGAAGUGAGUGUAGUGCGGUUGCACCUGAGCGAGUGUAUGAGGAUCAUCUGCUCGGUGAGGGCGAGCGCGAGCAGCAGCAGGCAGUUGUCCGGCCGAGGUUGAGCAGCAGCGGCGGAAGUGAGUGUAGUGCGGUUGCACCUGAGCGAGUGUAUGAGGAUCAUCUGCUCGGUGAGGGCGAGCGCGAGCAGCAGCAGGCAGUUGUCCAGCCGAGGUUGAGCAGCAGCGGCGGAAGUGAAUGUAGUGCGGUUGCACCUGAGCGAGUGUAUGAGGAUCAUCUGCUCGGUGAGGGCGAGCGCGAGCAGCAGCAGGCAGUUGUCCGGCCGAGGUUGAGCAGCAGCGGCGGAAGUGAGUGUAGUGCGGUUGCACCUGAGCGAAUGUAUGAGGAUCAUCUGCUCGGUGAGGGCGAGCGCGAGCAGCAGCAGGCAGUUGUCCAGCCGAGGUUGAGCAGCAGCGGCGGAAGUGAGUGUAGUGCGGUUGCACCUGAGCGAGUGUAUGAGGAUCAUCUGCUCGGUGAGGGCGAGCGCGAGCAGCAGCAGGCAGUUGUCCGGCCGAGGUUGAGCAGCAGCGGCGGAAGUGAGUGUAGUGCGGUUGCACCUGAGCGAGUGUAUGAGGAUCAUCUGCUCGGUGAGGGCGAGCGCGAGCAGCAGCAGGCAGUUGUCCGGCCGAGGUUGAGCAGCAGCGGCGGAAGUGAGUGUAGUGCGGUUGCACCUGAGCGAAUGUAUGAGGAUCAUCUGCUCGGUGAGGGCGAGCGCGAGCAGCAGCAGGCAGUUGUCCAGCCGAGGUUAAGCAGCAGCGGCGGAAGUGAGUGUAGUGCGGUUGCACCUGAGCGAGUGUAA